CUGCAUCAUGUCAGGAGACAGCGACUGCACCAGGACGAGUCCGUCGGCAGGGUCUCCGUCGGACAGCGAGCCCCUGCCCGAUCGCCCCAAGUACGUGUGCUCCCUGUCUGCUGAGCUGGUCACCAAGGCGCGGGAGGAGCUGCAGGAGAAGCCCGAGUGGCGGCUCCGGGACGUGCAGGCGCUGCGGGACAUGGUGUGCAAGGACUACCCCUCCCUGGGCACCUGCCUGGACGAUGCCUUUUUGCUGAGGUUCCUCCGAGCCAGGAAGUUCGAUUACGAUCGGGCGCUGCAGCUCCUGGUGAACUACCACACCUGCAGGAGGAGCUGGCCCGAGGUCUUCAGCGACCUGAAGCCGUCUGCCAUCAGGCCGGUGCUGGAGUCCGGCUUUGUCACCGUGCUGCCGCGCCGGGACCCGCAGGGGCGCCACGUCGUCUGCAUCCGACCAGACAGAUGGACACCCAGUAAUUAUCCGAUUACUGAGAACAUUCGUGCCAUAUACUUAACGUUAGAAAAACUCAUUCAGUCCGAAGAGACCCAGGUGAAUGGAAUUGUAAUCCUGGCAGACUACAAAGGAGUCAGCUUAUCUAAGGCGUCUCAUUUUGGUCCUUUUGUAGCCAAAAAAGUGAUUGGAAUUCUUCAGGAUGGAUUCCCCAUUCGAAUAAAAGCUGUUAACAUAAUAAACGAGCCUCGUAUAUUCAAAGGCAUUUUUGCAAUCAUCAAGCCUUUUCUGAAGGAAAAGAUAGCAAACCGGUUUUUUCUUCACGGCUGUGAUCUGAAUUCCCUUCAUCAGAACAUUCCCCCGGUGAUCCUGCCGGAAGAGUACGGUGGUACUGCAGGGAAGCUGGACAUCUCUGCAUGGAAUGAGCUGCUGCUUGCCUCCGAGGAGGACUUCCUGCAUGACUUCUCACCGCUGGUUCUGCCCUGUGACAGCUCUCCCCACGACCUGCUAGUGAGUGGGGAUGCUGAUGAAAAGCAGUGUGAUGAUUCUCUGCGAGGCAUGAAAGCUCAGCUCUAUUACUGUUACUAACGAAGCAGGGCAGGGAAGUUUUCCAGCACAGUUAAGAUCUGUUCUGAUAGGUGAUGUUGUGAACUCUGCCUUACUCCUAAACCUGCAGUUUAGGAACAGACCGCCGAGGCACUUUACACUGUAGAACCAAAGGAAGCUGAAGAGGGCACAGUGGGGGCAGGGCAGAGUU